AUGGAUCGGUUAAUAAUCAGCGGUGUUAUUAUCGAAGCGGCGAUAUCGGACGUCACAAAAGGUGGACCAAUUAAGAGUUUCACCGAAUGUCCGGGCGAAGUAGUUCAGAAUGAUAGCACCGUCAAUUAUGCCUGGCCGCCUCGCGACCCGCACGGCCAAUUACCAACCAUCCAGCGAUUGAUAAAAAAGAGCCUCGAAAAAUUCGCCCGAACGGAUUCUGGUUAUCUUCGAGCGGGCAGUGCGCCUCGCGCUUUCCCGCACGCCAAUUCCGCGCGGCCCAGUCGAACCGUCGAUAAUGUUAAUUGCGGGCCGGGAAAAUUA